GCCGGCAGCCUCCCGCCCGCCGCCGCCAUGGCCGGCUACGUGCCGGGGCUGCUCCCGGCCACCCGCAGCCAGGAGAAGGAGUUCGUGCAGGCCUACGAGGACGUGCUGGAGCGCUACAAAGAUGAACGGGACAGAGUCCAGAAGAAAACCUUCACUAAAUGGGUCAACAAACACUUGAUGAAGGUGCGCAAGCACAUCAACGACCUGUACGAGGACCUGCGAGACGGCCACAACCUGAUCUCUCUCCUGGAGGUGCUGUCAGGAGUGAAACUGCAAAAAGAGCCGUCGGGCGCGAGGAGCCUUCGCCUGGUGAGAGCGCCGUCCUGGCGCCGCGCGAGCAGCGAGGAGCGCGAGGAGGAAGAGGAUGGUGACGCACCGCGCGAGAAGGGCCGGAUGCGUUUCCACAGGCUCCAGAACGUGCAGAUUGCCCUGGAUUUCCUGAAGCAGCGGCAGGUGAAACUGGUGAACAUUCGCAAUGAUGACAUUACAGACGGCAACCCCAAACUCACCCUGGGGCUCAUAUGGACAAUUAUCCUCCACUUCCAGAUCUCCGAUAUCUACAUCAGCGGAGAGUCGGGGGAUAUGUCGGCCAAGGAGAAGCUGCUCCUGUGGACACAGAAGGUGACAGCAGGUUACAUUGGAGUGAAGUGCACCAACUUCUCCUCGUGCUGGAGCGAUGGGAAGAUGUUCAAUGCCCUCAUCCACAGAUACAGGCCAGAUCUGGUGGACAUGGAGAGGGUGCAAAUACAGAGCAACCGAGAGAACCUGGAGCAGGCCUUUGAGAUUGCGGAGCGGCUGGGGGUCACUCGGCUGUUGGAUGCAGAAGAUGUGGACGUCCCGUCUCCAGAUGAGAAGUCUGUAAUAACUUACGUGUCUUCGAUUUACGAUGCCUUUCCCAAAGUCCCUGAGGGAGGAGAAGGGAUCAGUGCUAUUGAAGUGGAUUCAAGGUGGCUCGAAUACCAGAACCGAGUGGAGUCUCUUAUCUCGUGGAUCAAGCAGCACACGAUACUCAUGUCAGAUAAAUCCUUCCCCCAGAACCCUGUAGAACUCAAGGCACUUUAUAAUCAAUACAUACACUUCAAAGAAACUGAAAUCCCAGCGAAAGAGCAGGAGAAAGGAAGGAUAGAGGAGCUCUACAAACUCUUAGAGGUAUGGAUUGAGUUUGGCCGCAUUAAGUUGCCCCAGGGUUACCACCCCAAUGACGUAGAGGAGGAGUGGGGCAAGCUGAUCAUAGAGAUGCUGGAGCGUGAGAAACUCCUACGGCCAGCAGUGGAGAGGCUGGAACUACUGCUACAAAUCGCUAACAAAAUCCAGAAUGGUGCUCUGAGCUGUGAAGAAAAACUCACUCUUGCAAAGAACACACUGCAAGCUGACGCUGCUCACCUGGAGUCUGGACAGCCGGUGCAGUACGAGUCCGACGUCGUCAUGUAUCUGCAGGAGUGUGAGGGGCUCAUCCGCCAGCUACAGGUGGAUGUGCAGAUCCUUCGGGAUGAGAAUUACUAUCAACUGGAGGAGCUGGUGUUCAGGAUCAUGCGACUGCAAGACGAGCUGGUGACACUGAGACUCGAGUGCACUAACCUGUACAGGAAAGGCCACUUCUCCACCCUGGAGCUGGUACCCACCUCCAUGCUGAGCACGACACACUUGAAGGGCGAGUCACUGACCAAAGGGCUGCACACCUCGUCUACCUCCUGGUUCCGGAAGCCCAUGACCAGGGCGGAGCUGGUGGCCAUCUCCUCUUCUGAAGACGAGGGCAGUCUCCGAUUUGUGUAUGAGCUGCUGGCAUGGGUGGAAGAAAUGCAGAUGAGGCUGGAGCGGGCAGAGUGGGGGAGUGACCUGCCAAGUGUGGAGUCCCAGCUGGAGACCCAGCGGCACAUCCACACCAGUGUGGAGGACCUGGGCUCCAGCGUAAAGGAGGCCCGGAUGUACGAGGGUAAAAUGUCUCAGAAUUUCCGUGCUAGCUAUACAGAGACACUUGGCAAGCUGGAAACACAGUACUGCAAGCUGAUGGAAACUUCGAGCUUCCGCCUGAGACAUCUCCAGAGUUUGCACGGGUUUGUGUCUCGAGCCACUGCUGAGCUGAUUUGGUUGAAUGAGAAGGAGGAAGAGGAACUGGCGUACGACUGGAGUGACAACAACCCUAAUAUUGCAGCCAAGAGGAACUAUUUCUCAGAGCUGACGAUGGAGCUGGAAGAGAAGCAGGACAUCUUCCGGUCCCUCCAAGAUACAGCAGAGCUCCUGUCCCUGGAGAAUCACCCAGCCAAACAAACCGUAGAGGCCUACAGUGCUGCCGUGCAGACUCAGUGGCAGUGGAUUAAGCAGCUCUGCUUGUGCGUGGAGCAGCACGUGAAGGAGAACGCUGCCUAUUUCCAGUUCUUCAGCGAUGCUCGGGAGUCGGAGACCUACCUGCGGAGCCUGCAGGACUCCAUCAAACGGAAGUAUUCGUGUGACCACAACACAAGCCUGACCCGGCUGGAGGACCUGCUCCAGGACUCCAUGGACGAGAAGGAGCAGCUUAUUCAGUCAAAGAGCUCCGUUGCCAGCCUGGUGGGACGGUCCAAAACCAUUGUGCAGCUCAGACCCAGGAACCCGGAGCACCCUGUGAAGAGCACGAUCCCAAUCAAGGCUGUUUGCGACUAUCGGCAGAUCGAGAUCACCAUCUGCAGGAAUGACGAAUGUGUGCUGGAAGACAACUCUCAGAGGACCAAGUGGAAGGUGAUCAGCCCCACAGGCAAUGAGGCCAUGGUGCCCUCUGUGUGCUUCCUGAUCCCACCUCCGAACAAAGAGGCCAUCGAGAUGGCUAACAGGGUAGAGCAACUGUAUCAGAAGGUGAUGGCUCUCUGGCACCAGCUCCACAUGAACACGAAGAGCCUUAUCUCCUGGAACUACUUGCGGAAGGACAUCACCCUGGUGCAAAGCUUCAACAUGGAGAAGCUCAGAUCCUUAGCGCAAGGGGAGUGCCAGCAAGCCUUGAAGAACCUCCAGGCGCACUACGAAGACUUCCUGCAGGACAGCCGCGACUCGGAGCUCUUCUCUGUAUCCGACCGGCUGCGCUUGGAAGAGGAAGUUGAGUCUUCCAAGGAACACAUCCGGCAGCUGCUGGAGUCUAUGGAGAAUGAAGACAAGGAUGAGACUGCUGCCAGAACGUAUCUCUCCGAGCUCAAGAACAUCCGUCUGCGCCUGGAGGAGUGUGAGCAGAGACUAGUGAGCCGAAUCCAGUCCCCAAGCAGCACCCGGGCAGAUGGUGACACUAUCCAGGAAAACACCAUCCGCAUUGCAGAGCAGGAGCGCAUGCAGGAGGAUCUCCAGCGGCUGAAAUCUGACCUGCGGCACAUUUCUGAGAGGUGUUACAGUUUCCUUGACAAAGCUCCAACAGGGUCCAGCACCCCACAUUUGCGUUCUGAACUUGACUUGGUGGUCAAUAAGAUGGAUCAGAUGAACGGGCUCUCUUCCAUCUACCUGGACAAGUUAAAGACGGUUGAUGUUAUUAUUCGUAAUACCCAAGGAGCAGAGUCUCUGGUCAAAGGAUAUGAAGUUAAGCUGAGCCAAGAGGAGGCAGUCCCAGCUGAUCUGACAGCUAUUCUGUCUCACAGGACGACGUUACAGCAAUGGCUCAGCGAAGUGAAGGACAAAAGCUUUGUGUUCUCCACGUUGGAGGAGGAAAUAGCAAAGGCUAAGGUAGUGGGAGAGCAGCUGUACCGUCUGAGGCAAGAGCGCAGCAUCGACCUCGAGCGCUAUCAGGAGAAGGGAAGCCAGCUGUGGGAUCGCUGGCAGAGAGUCUGCACACAGAUCGAGACCCGCCAUACAGAGCUGGAAAGCAUCCAGGAGGUGCUCAGUGAUUACCGCCAGUGCCACAGCACCCUAAUCCGGUGGAUUGAGGAGAUCACCACCCAGCAGGAACUGAUGAAACUGGGACAAGCGGAAGACAGCAGGGUGCUGUCAGAGCAGCUGAGCCAGCAAACCGCUUUGGCUGCAGAAAUUGAGAAAAAUCAAGCCAAAUUGGACCAGUGUCAGAAAUUCUCUCAGCAAUACUCAGCUGCUGUCAAGGAUUAUGAGUUGCAGCUCAUGACAUACAGGGCGUUCGUUGAAUCACAGCAGAAGUCUCCCAUGAAACGCCGGCGCAUGCUUUCUUCCUCGGAUGCUAUCACGCAGGAGUUCAUGGAUUUGCGGACUCGCUAUACAGCUCUGGUGACAUUAACGACGCAGCACGUGAAGUACAUCAGCGAUGCGCUGCGACGGUUGGAGGAAGAGGAGAAAGUAGUGGAGGAAGAGAAGCAGGAGCAUGUGGACAAGGUGAAGGAGCUCCUGGGCUGGGUUUCCAGUUUGAGGCAGAGUGUGCAAGGCAGAACUGUCUCUACCAAGAGCAGGGAGCUUGGAGACAUUGAGAAAUCAAUCUCGGAGCAGCAGGCUCUGAAUGAGGAGCUGGCUGCAAAGAAGGAGCAGGUUUCUGAGGCCAUCAAAACUUCCCAAAUCUUCCUGGCAAAACACAGCCACAAGCUUUCCCAUCAGGAGAAGGAACAGAUUUCUGCUCAGAUCAGCGCUCUGAAGGAGACCUACCAGGCACUCUGCAGUGAUUCCACUGAGCAGCUCCAGCAGCUCCAGAGCCAGCUGGCUCAGGAGACAGAGCACAAGGGCAGUGAAGCAGUGGCGGGAGUGAUCGACCUUGGCACAGUGGAAAUAUUCCCUGUCUUUGGUGCCAUGCAGAAAGGUCUUAUAGACCAGGACACUGGCCUUGUCCUCUUAGAGGCCCAGGUUAUCACAUCUGACUUAGUUGUUCCAGAGACCAAUGAGAAACUCUCCUUGGAGGAGGGUCUUGCAAGAAACAUCAUCGACCUCAGGACGUUCCAGGUGCUGCAAGAAUUGAAGGAUGCCCUUCGCCAGGUGGAUGAAGUCAGAUGUGAAGGGAAGCAGCUCCUACCUGUCAUAGCUGCAGUAGAAGAGGGGAGGAUUAGCGAGACUAUUGGGCUAAAGAUUCUGGAAGUUGACCUUGUCACUGGGGGCUUUAAAGCGCAUCAGGGCAGAAUCAGCAUGGAGACAGCCGUACAAGAAAAGCUUCUUACUCCCCAGCUAUAUUCCAGACUGUUGUCUCACCUAGAGUGUGGCAAGAAUUUGAUUGACCCUAACACUGCUGAGAAAAUCAGUUUGCCUGAACUCAUGCAUCGAUGUAUCAUCCAGCAAGAGACUGGACUGAGGCUGCUCCCAGUCAAGCAGCUGGCAGGUGGGAUGGUAAGCUUGAAAUCAGGCAGAAAAGUGAGCAUCUUCCGUGCUGUCCAGGAAGGGCUGAUAGACAGACAGGUAACAGUGAGGUUGCUGGAAGCCCAGCUCUUUGCUGGUGGCAUUGUUGACCCCAGGACAGGACACAGGCUGACUGUGGAUGAGGCCGUGAGACAUAAUUUAAUUGACCAAGAUAUGGCAUGCACACUUCUUAUCCGGCAGCUUCAGACAGGUGGCGUCAUUGAUACAGUCACAGGAGAGAGACUGACAAUUGAUGAAGCUGUAAGGAAAGAGUUGGUAGGACCAAGGAUUGCAUUGGUGAUCCUGGAAUCCUUUUGGUCCUUCAUGGGGGUCCUGUGGCCUGAGACGGGGGAGAUCAUCCCUGUUGCAGAUGCUUUAGAGCAAGGAAUCCUGUCUACAGAGUUGGUUUACAAGAUUCUCAACAAGAGACAAUUCAUUAAGGCUGUCUUCAUACCUGAAACCACUGAAGUAUUGUCCUGGAAGAAAGCAGUUGAACAUGGCGUCUUGGAGAGAGAGGUGGCCAAGAAGCUAAAGUCGACAGUUAUACCUGAUGUCAUGCCCGGUGUGAAGCUAGCUGGCUCUCCAAGCAGAAGCAAACAGAGCCAGCAUUCUAGAAGGAGUCACACAGGUCAGGAAGAGCAAAGCGACCCUCAGCUAAAGAGUGACAAUGAAAGACUGAUGUUCCACUUGAUGACCCACAGCUAUAUCAACAUCCAUGAUGGCCAGAAGCUGCUCUUAGUAGAUGGAGAGUUGAAUAAUCUCACUAAAGCCCUCAUUCAAGCCCAAGAAAAUGGAUCCUGUGCUCACAUGUUGGAAGGGAGCGAAGGUUUUGAGGAGGCAGAGGAGAGUACAGCUCUUUCAAGAGAGCCUUACAAUGGUUUGGCUUUGCAGCAACUUGAGUUUCAAUUUGCUCUUCCAAAAGGACAAAGUGAAAAGGACCAGCUACCUGGAACUGCUUUGGAGAAUGGGGAGGUAGUGGUGGAACCUGGAAGCCUCCAGUUGGAGGAUGCAGAAAGUAUCCUGCUUGCGGAGGAGCAAAAGCAGCUUUAUACUAAACAGGCUACCAUGAAGGGUGAAAAUGGUGCUGAAUUUGGGAGAGAGCAAAUAGUUUCUACAACCAAGGACAAAAAUCAGGUAGAAUCAUUGAUGCCAGAAUAUCCUAGUAGUGAAUUCAGAGAAACAAAGGAAAUGAUAACUGAUAUAGAAGAAGAGUCCAAGCCUGCUAUGGAGGGUGGAAUAGAAAGUAACAGAGAUCAAAAGAGGGCAUCUGAAACUGGGGCAGGUGUUGUGAAGAGCAAAGGCCAGAUACCAAUGGAUAUUUCAGAAAGUAGAGAGAGACUGGAGGUCAUGGCAGAGGACUUUCAGGAAGUAGAGGAACCAGAAUUAGAGGCAGGAGAUAUUAGACAGAUGUAUUUGCUAAAUGACAAACUAACUGAGAAUGGCAUGUUGGGAAGAGAGGAGAUUGCGCUCCCUGAAACUAGACAGGUAACAAAAACAGAGAGGCAUACUGAAAAAAUUGAAAGUGUAUUGGAAGUGGAAGAAAGAGAGAGAAAAGAAGUAUCAAGUGAUGAGAUUGUUUAUGAAAUGUCCCUGCCAACUGCUACAGAGCAGGAAGAAGAUGACACCUUAGAAAAGCUGUUAACACAGCUCCAAAGUGGUGGCAUAAUCCAUGAGCAGACUGGCAAGACUCUUCUUCUAAAUGAAGCAAUAGCCUGUGGAGUGGUGCCCAGCCACACAGCUGUGAAACUAAUGGAGAAAAUGCAGAUGUUCAGUGGCUUCUUUGACUCACAUACAUGUGAGUCGCUAACUACAGAGGAAGUCAUUGAAGAAGGUCUGAUGGAUGAGACACUUCUCCAGAAGGUACUUGCAUCUGACAAAGCAAUAAGUGGUGUUCUUGACCCAGGUAACAACUUUGUCUAUUCUAUCAAGGAUGCUGCUGCAGUUGGCCUUCUGGACAAGGAAACAGCAAUGAGGGUCUUGGAAGGACAAGUAGUUACUGGUGGGAUUGUUGACUUGAAACGUGGCAAAAAAGUAUCAGUCACUUUGGCUUCAAACCUAGGCCUCAUAGAGCCAUCUAGUCAGAAAGAACUGGUUAAACUGGAGAAGGCUUCUAAAGGGAAAGACACUGAUGAGGUGACUAGACAGAAGCUCAUUAGCUUACAGGCUGAGACUAGCGGAAUUAUGGAUCCGAAAACCAAGCAGCCUUUGACUGUUGCACAGUCUGUUGAAAAAGGGCUCCUCAGAAAGGAAAAAGCAUUUCAGCUCUUGACCAAGCAGAUUGCUAAUGGAGGAAUCAUUCAUCACAUGUCUGGAAUGAGGCUUUCAGUAAAUGACGCAAUGAAACAUGGUUUGAUUGAUCAAGAUUUGUGUGAUGAACUCACAAAGGCAGAAAGUGUGUGUCUACAUGAGUAUGUUCAUCCAGAAACACAGGAAAAGUUUCCCUUGCCCCAGGCAGUAUCGUUAGGGCUCAUUAGUCCAGACUUCCAAAGGAAGGUGCAAGAAAUCCAGGCUGGGUGUGGAAGUAUUUUUGAUCCUGCUUCUGGCCAGAGACUGACACUCUCCCAGGCAGUCAAGGAAGGACUGUUACCUGAACAACUUAGGGAGAAAGUCAUGUCAUCUUCAGAAAUAAAACAGGGAAUUGUAGAUCCCGAGAACUGCAUGAUAGUUCCCUACUCAGAAUUCAUUAAAAAAUGUAAAAUUGACAUUGAAUCUGGUCAGAGAUAUUUGGAGGUUCAUCCCUUCAGAGCAAUCAAGGAUAAGGUGUCGGGGAACAAGCUCACAUGUGCUGAGGCAGUAAAACUGGGAAAAGCGGACCUUGUGCCCACCUUGCGAUUACUGCAGGCUCAAGCAGACAGUGGUGGGUUUGUGGAAAGUACCAUCAGUAAGAGGCUCUCCCUGAAGUCUGCUUUGGAGCAAGGGCUGCUGGAUGAGGAAAUGGCCAAACUCAUUGCAUCCAACCAGAUGAUGACCGGAGGAAUUGUUGAUGCUGAGAGUGGGAAAAGAUUGACUUUAAAGGAAGCUGUUGAAAAAGGUCUGGUUAGCCAAAAGUUAGCUGCCAGCAUUCAGGAUACUCAACUACCCAAAGAGAAAUAUGGUUCUGAAAUCCACAGAGAAGAUAAACCCUACCUUUUGCCUGAAAAAUUGGAAAAACCACCUCCGAAAGAGGAAGAUUUGAUCCUCUAUACUAGUGCCGCUAAGAAGUCUGACGUUGCUGAGUGCAGAGCUGGAUCUGAAGCAAUGACCUCUGAUGUGGCUGGAGAUACAGGCACUGCUUCUGACAGAUCACCAGUGACACCAGAUAUAACAGAAGGUAGGAAACCAAAACUGCUUCCACAGGAAGCUUCAGAGGACAGCAUAGUUCAUCAGCUCCAAGGAAAGGUUGAGUUGACUUCAGAAUACCCCUUGGUGUUAGGUACAUCUCUCUCUGCAGAGACAGUCAUGGUAGAGGCUGUGGAAAGAGGGAUAGGAGAAAGUAGCUCCUAUGUCAAAGAAGCUGAGAGGAAGGAGUUGAAGCAAGCAGAAGUAGCUCAGGAGACAAAGAAAAAGGAGGCAUUGAGGUCAGAGAAAGAGCAGUCCUUUUCUGACAAAAAGAUGCUUCAAACAAAAAAGGGAGGAUUUGUAAGUGCAGUGGAAGUUGUGGCAAAACCAGAAGGUGCAGCUGUGGCUUCUGAACAAGGUGAGGGAAUGGGCAGCUUGGAUCAGGCAGGGGAGGUAAGCAAGGCAGUGCUGAAGGAAUCGGUAACUGUGGGUGGAGGAAAGGAAGAGAGAGUUCCUACAAAAUCUGAGGAAUCCUUCAGGAUUGCCAUCUGUAAGAAACCUGCAGAAGACAAGCUUGCGGAUGAGAGAAGUGUCAAAGACACUGAAGGAGAUACCCUGAGACUGGAUGCAGAAGGUCCAGUUGUUCUGGAAAAAUCAAGUGAAAUUGAUCUAAAACCUACCAAAAAACAGAAAACCAAGAAAAAGAAGGCAAAGCAGACCAGUAUCCCAACAGAAAGCACUCAACUGGAGAAAUCUUCCAUGGAAAAACAGCCCCUUCCUAUUCCAAUUUCCAAAGAAACUCCAGAGAAGAUGGAGGAGGAGCUCAUCUCAAGCACCCCAGAACAAAAACAUGAAACCACUACUAAGAAAAUUAUAGAUGACUUGCCAAAAGAGGCGGCCAAGCAAAAGAAAAUGGAAACCAGCAGAGAGAAAGUUUCUGAAAAGGAAGAGAAGCCAAUUGCUGAGAUAACUGAAGAGAGUCAUGUAGAGGAUCACCCUGUUCCCCUAGAAAGAGAGGAAUCUCAAGAAGUAAUUGUAGAUGACAUCAGAAAUGGCCAGGAUUCCUCUGUAUCAUUUAAACUGGAGGUGGGGACAUCCCAGGAAGAUGUCAAAGUGGAAACUACCAGUCGUGCGUCCACUACAACCCCUGCAGCGGACAAAAAGCUAGAAGAAUUAAUUAUCAGAGAGGAAUCCAGAAAAGUUCAGGAAACCUCUGUAAUCCUUGAACUUCCUGAAAAGACACCACAAGAGCAAGCGGCAGAGUUCAGCCAAGGCCAAGUGGGUUCCCCUCUCCCCUGUAAAUCCCAAGAACAGAUGCACCAGGAAAGAUCCCGGCAGUCUAGCUUGCUCUUACCUGUGAUAGCUGAGGGGGAGCUGCUGGAAACCUCAAGGGAAUCCCUGAGACCAGCCAAGAUUAUGUUCAGCAAGAAGAUGUGUCUGGAGCAUGAUGAGAAGUUGAUCUCUUACCUCUCCAUGCUGCGUGACAUCGAGAUGAAAAUUAAGCGCGUCCCGCCAGCGGAGCAGAACUUGGCAACACUUCAAGACCUGCUGCGCCAGGCCGAGGCCCUGGACGCUGAGCUGAAGGAGCUGAGCUUUCCAGUGAAGCAGGAGUUGGACGCUGUGAAGUGGGUUGUGGCCAACCCGCCUGAAGAAGUCCCUGAACAAUUACUGAAAGCUUUGGAGAAGGAUGCCAAGAACCUUCAGAAGUCCCUGAGCUCUGCAAGUGAUGUCCUGGAGUCCCGGCUGCUAAACCUUCGUGGAGCAGCAGAAACCGAAAAGGCUAAAAUUAUGGCACAACACGAGAAUCUCCAAGACAAGCUACAAGAGCUGUUGAGCUGGGUCUCUGGUACCGCCCAGGCACUGGAUAGCAGCGAUUACCACCGUGCGACUGAUGCAAACAGCUUGAAUCGCUGCCUCCAACACUACAAGGAGCUGAAAGAGCCCCUUGCCGACACCAAAUCUCAGCUCGAUGCCACUGCCUUUGACAUUCAGUUCCUUAUCUCGGAGCACGCCCAGGACUUGACCCCUCAGCAGAGCAGGCAGCUGCUGAGGCUGCUCAAUGAACUGCAGAAGGCUUUCCGGGACCUGUCCGAGCGCGUGACGGCUCAGGUGGAGGUCCUGCAGGUCUGUCUCCAGCAAGCGGAGCGAACGGAUCAGACGCUGCAGGAGCAGCAGGCAGCCCGAGCGCAGAACCUGGAGGAGCUGUGUGCCUGGCUGAGCGAGGCAGAGGACACGCUGGUGGAGCAGCCGAGAGCAGCCAGCGAGGGCGACCUGUCCGCGUUGCAGCAGAGGCAAAGCAAUGUUAAGGAGCUGCAGAGGAACAUGCACACCCGGGCAGCCUCCUUCGCCGGUGUCCUGAAAACCACUGAGCAGUUCUUGGAGGAGAACAAGGCAAAGAUGGAGCCCGGGGAGCUGGCAGCGCUGCACAAGAAGCUGCAGCAUGCCAAGGAGCAGUACCAGUCCCUGCAGGAGAGAACAGAGAUGGCCCAGAAGGAGCUGGAGAGCGCCGUGACAGCUGCAGUGCAGCAGGAGACCGAAAAGGUGAAAGCUGCCAAAGAGCUGGAGGAGAACCGAAAUAGGAUUGAUUCCCUUUUGAACUGGGUGGCAUCGCUGGAGCAGAAGGGAGGGCUCCUGGAGUACAGACUGCACCCCAUAGAGCAAGCGCCGGGGGCAGGAGCGGACAGGGGUGCUCAGGAUGCUCCCGACGGCCGCGUCAUGGGAGCCGACAGUGCUGCCGAGGACCUGGAUGAGCAGUACGAGAGGCUGAAGGCGCAGCAUCAGGAGCUGCUCUUCCAGCAGCAGGACAUCAUCCUGGCGACGCAAGCGGCUCAGGCUUUCCUGGACAAGCAGGGCCACAACCUCACACCGGAGGAGAGGGACGCGCUCCAGGGCCGGCUAGCAGAGCUGAGGGACCAGUACGCGGCUUCGCUCUCGCAGUCGGAGACGCAGCUGAAGCAAGUGCAGGUGCUGCGGGAUGAGCUGCAGAAGUUCCUGCGGGAUCACGGAGAGUUUGAGACCUGGCUGAAGCAAGCAGAGCAGGAGUUGGAAGGAAUGUACAAAGGGGACAGUGACCCAGCGUCUCUCGGGCGGCUCCUGCUGCGGCAGGGAAGCUUCUCGGAGGAUGUCAUCUCUCACAAAGGUGACCUGCGGUUCAUUACCAUGUCGGGUCAGAAGGUGCUGGAUGCAGAGGGAGCUGCCAAGGACGGAGGGACCCAGGCACUGACUUCUGGAAGUGUGGUCAAGAGCAAGCUGGAGGACGCGACACAGCGAUACACCAUGCUGCACUCCAAGUGCACCAAGCUUGGCUCCCAUCUAACCACCUUGCUGGAUCACUACCAGCAGUUCCAGGAGGUGGCAGAGUCUCUCAGGACGUGGCUGCAGCAGAGUGAAGCAGCAGUUGGGAAACUCCUCUUGGAGACAGUUUCUUCAGAUCCUGCUGUUCUGCAAAAACAGCUCGCUAGUGCUAAGCAGCUGCAAGGAAACCUGGCUGAGCACCAGAUGCCAGUGGAAAAGCUCCAAAAAGCAGCUCGUUCACUGCUGGAGAUACAAGGAGAGCCGGCCCCUGACCAUGGACAUGUUCAGGAAACCACAGAUGCCAUCGUGAGCCAUUUCCAGAGCCUUUCCCAGCAGAUGGCAGAGCGCUCCGAUCUGCUGCAGAAAUCCAUUGCCCAGUCUCAAAGUGUCCAGGAGAGCCUGGAAAAUCUCCUCCAGUCUGUAGCUGAGAUCGAGAAGAGCCUGGAGGGAGAGCAGCCGACUGCUCUCUCCUCUGCCUCCAUCCAGGACUCGCUUGCCACGAGCGCGAAGCUGAAGCAGGACAUUGCCAGGCAGAAGAGCUGUCUGGAAGCUACCCGUGAGAUGGUGACGCGGUUCAUGAAGACAGCAGACAGCACCACGGCCUCUGCCUUGCAGGGGAAGCUGGCACAGGCGACAGAGCAUUUUGGCAGGCUGUGCCAGCAGCAGCGGGAGAAGGAGGAUGCACUCAAAGGCCUCCUCCCAAAGGUCGAGCAGUAUGAGCAGCUCUCAGAGAAGUUGCAGCAGUUCACAGAGAGCCGAGCUCGGACAUUGGCGUCUGGGAACCAGCCAGACCAUGACAUUGCUCACUUCUCCCAGCGCAUCCAGGAGCUGAAUUUGGAGAUGAGGCAGCACCAGGAGGACCUGGACACCUUGGAGCACCUGGUGGCCGAGCUGGGCUCCUGUGGCUUCCCUCCGGGCGCCUGCCAACAGCAGGAGAAGGUGCAGAGCCUGAAGAAAGACUUCCUGCAGCUGCAGAAGGUGGCAAAAGAGAGAGAAAAGGAUGCGUCAGCCUGCCAGGAGCAACUGGACGAUUUCCGAAAGUUGGUCGGAGCCGUGAGGAAGUGGUUGAAGGAGAGCGAAGGGAACGUGCCGUCCGCAGAGGCCGCGCUGGGCACCCAGGAGCUGCAGAAGCGCAUGCGGCAGCUCCAGGUCCUGCUGGAGGAAUGGACGGGGAAGGGGGCCCAGGUGGAGGAGAUCAGUCGCAAAGGGGCUGCCCUAGAGAGCCUGAUAGUGGAGAUUACGGCCCCCGAGAGCCAGGCCAAGACAGGUUCUGUGCUGCCCGCGCUGGGAGGGUCGGUAGGCAGUGUGAACGGAUACCACACUUGCAAAGAUCUGACGGAGAUCCAGUGUGAUGUGUCGGAUGUGAACCAGCAGUACGAGGGCCUUGGUGUGGCGCUGCGGGAACGCCAGCAGCAGCUCUCAGCUAUGCUGGAGAAGAUGCAAGAAGUGCAGGAGGAGGCAAGUUCAGUGCUGAAGUGGCUGGAAUCGAAGGAGCGAACCUUGUCCGAGCUGGAGGCCUCCUCCUCGCCUACCAAGACGGAGACGAUGAGAGCCCAGGCUGAGCACAACAAGGCAUUCCUAGCUGAAUUGGAACAGAAUUCAGGGAAGAUCCAGAAAGUAAAGGAAGCACUUUCCAAUUUGCUGGAUAAAUACCCAGAUUCUCCAGAAGCAGCAAAUUGGAAGAAGAUGCAGGAAGACCUGAAUUGCAGGUGGGAAAGAGCCAACCAGGCGACAGCCGAGCGGCAGCAGAAGCUGGAGGAAUCGGCGAACCAGCUGGCCAGCUUCCAGGCUGCCGAAGCGCAGCUGCGCCCCUGGCUCCUGGAGAAGGAGCUCAUGAUGAGCGUGCUGGGACCCCUCUCCAUCGACCCGAACAUGCUGAACGCGCAGAAGCAGCAGGUCCAGUUUAUGCUGAAGGAAUUCGAAGCUCGCAGACAACAGCAUGAGCAGCUCAACCAGGCAGCUCAGAGCAUCUUAACUGGCCCCGGAGAUGUUUCUCCAUCAACUAGCCAGGUGCGGGAAGAGCUCCAAGGAGUUAAUCAUAAAUGGUCAGAGCUAACAGAACGCCUCAACUCCCGCUCCAGCCAAAUUGACCAAGCCAUAGUGAAGAGCACCCAGUACCAGGAACUGCUCCAGGGCCUGUCCGAGAAGGUGAAGGCGGUUGGGCAGCGCCUGAGCAGCCAGUCUGCCGUCAGCACACAGCCUGAUGCCGUGAAACAGCAGCUGGAGGAAACCAGUGAGAUCCGCUCUGACCUAGAGCAGCUGGAAGAGGAGAUCACAGAGGCUCAUACCCUCUGUGAUGACCUAUCUGUUCUGAUUGGGGAGCAGUAUCUCAAAGAUGAGUUAAGGAAACGUUUGGAGACAGUGGCGCUUCCUCUCAAAGGGCUGGAAGACCUGGCAGCCGACCGGAUGAACCGACUGCAGACUGCGCUUGCAAGUUCCCAGCAGUUCCAGCAUAUGUUUGAUGAACUCAGGACCUGGCUAGAUGACAAGCUGUGCCAGCAAGCUCAGAGCCAACCUAUUUCUGCUAAACUAGAGAGGCUGCAGAGCCAAAUUCAGGAACAAGAAGAGUUCCAGAAGAGCCUCAACCAACACAGUGGCUCCUAUGAGAUGAUUGUAGCUGAGGGAGAAUCUUUGCUGCUUUCUGUCCAGCCUGGGGAGGAAAAGACUGCUCGGCAAAACCAGUUGGUCAGCCUCAAAACACACUGGGAAGAGCUCAGCAAACAGGUUGCUGAUAGACACUCCAAGCUCAAGGACUGUUUGCAGAAGGCUCAGAAGUAUCAACGGCACACGGAAGACCUUCUCCCUUGGGUGGAGGACUGUAAGGCAAAGAUGUCAGAGCUGGAAGUCACUCUGGACCCUGUGCAGCUGGAGGCAACUCUUCUGAGAUCAAAGGCUUUGCUGAGUGAUGUGGAGAAGCGCCGUUCCUUGCUUGAGAUGCUCAACAGCGCUGCUGACAUCCUGAUAGACGCUUCUCAAACUGAUGAGGAUGAUGUUCGGGAUGAGAAGGCUAGGAUCAAUCAGAAGAUGGACGCCAUCACAGAAGAGCUGCAAGCCAAGACAGGCUCCAUUGAAGAAAUGUCACAGAGGCUCAAAGAGUUUCAAGAGAGCUUUAAGAACAUUGAGAAGAAGCUAGAAGGGGCUAAGCACCAGCUGGAGAUCUACGAUGCACUAGGGCCACAGGCCUGCAGCAACAAGAACUUGGAGAAGCUCAGAGCACAGCAGGAGGUGCUGCAGGCCCUUGAGCCACAAGUGGAUUAUCUGAAAAACUUCACUCAAGGUCUAGUAGAAGACGCCCCAGAUGGGUCUGACUGCUCCCAGCUUUUAUGCCAAGCUGAGGUGGCUCAGCAAGACUUUAAAGCUGUGAAGCAGAAAGUAAAUGACUGCUGUAUGCUCAUGGAAAACAAGCUUGAAGGGAUCAGCCAGUUCAAUAAUCGGGUCAGGGAGAUGUUCUCUCAACUGGCGGAUCUUGAUGAUGAGCUAGACAGCAUGGGCCCCAUUGGGAGAGACUCUGACAGCCUUCAGUCUCAAGCAGAGGAUGUUCGUAUGUUCCUGGGCAAACUCCAACAGUUGAAGUCUGACAUUGAAGCUUCUGAAAAUGAAUGUAAGAAAAUGCUAGAGGAUGAAGGGAGCCCUGAUUUAUUAGGACUGAAACGUGAACUGGAGACACUAAAUAAACAGUGCAGCAAGCUGACCGAGAGAGGCAAGAACCAUCAAGAGCAGGUAGAAACGACACUGUCUCGUGUCGAGGACUUUUACAACAGGCUGAAGGAGCUGACCCACAUGACAACAGCAGCAGAGGAGAACGAGGCGUUGCAGUGGGUGGUGGGCACAGAGGUGGAAAUCAUCAAGCAGCAGUUGGCAGACUUUAAGAUGUUCCAGAAGGAGCAAGUGGAUCCUCUCCAGCUGAAACUGCAGCAAGUGAAUGGAGUUGGUCAAGGGCUCAUCCAAAGUGCUGGCAAAAACUGUGAUGUCCAAGGGCUGGAACAUGACGUGGAGGAAAUCAACACGCGCUGGAACACCCUCAACAAAAAGGUGGCCCAGAGGAUUGCCCAGCUUCAAGAGGCCCUGUUGCACUGCGGGAAGUUUCAGGAUGCCUUGGAGCCCUUGCUGAGCUGGCUGGCAGACACCGAGGAGCUCAUCUCCAACCAGAAACCUCCCUCCGCUGAGUACAAGGUGGUGAAAGCCCAGAUCCAGGAGCAGAAGCUGCUCCAGCGACUUCUGGAUGAUCGCAAAGCCACGGUGGAGAUGAUUCAAGCCGAGGGUGGGAGGAUAGCGCAGUCAGCCGAGCCGGCAGACAGGGAGAAGAUCGUCUGCCAGCUGGAGAGCCUUGAAAAUAGAUGGGCAGGACUGCUCAGCAGAGCAGCCGGCAGGCAGAAACAGCUGGAAGACAUCUUGGUUCUGGCUAAGCAAUUCCACGAAACCACGGAGCCUAUUUCAGACUGGCUGUCAGUGACAGAGAAGAAGCUGGCCAACUCCGAGCCCAUUGGCACCCAGACCGCCAAAAUCCAGCAGCAGAUCAGCCGCCAUAAGGCUCUAGAGGAAGAGAUAGAGAGCCACGCGGCUGAGGUGAAUCAGGCGGUCAGUGUCGGGCAGUGCCUCUCCUCCCUGAGCUGCGCUGCGGAGCAGAGCCUGCUGGCAGAGCAGCUAGACUCUCUGCAGGGCCGGUACGGCGAGAUCCGCGACCGGUGCUGCCGCAAGGCAGCGCUGCUCGAGCAAGCGCUGUCUAACGCUAGGCUCUUUGGGGAGGAGGAGGUGGAAGUGCUCAACUGGCUGGCUGAGGUCGAGGACAAGCUCGGCUCGGUAUCCGUAAAGGAUUACAAACGGGACGUCCUGCAGAAGCAGCAUGCCGACCAGCUGGCUCUGAAUGAGGAAAUUGUGAACAGAAAGAAGAACGUGGACCAAGCCAUUAGAAAUGGGCAAGCUCUUCUAAAGCAAACCACAGGGGAAGAAGUAUUGCUCAUCCAGGAGAAGCUGGAUGGGAUUAAGACCCGCUAUUCAGACAUCACGGCCACCAGCUCCAAGGCGCUCCGGACUCUAGAGCAGGCUCGGCAGCUGGCCACCAAGUUUCAGUCGACGCAUGAGGAGCUGAACAGCUGGAUGAGCAAAGUGGAAGAAGAGCUCACGUCCAGCGGGGGACAGUCACCUGCUGGCGAGCAGAUACCCCAAUUUCAGCAGAGGCAAAAGGAGCUGAAGAAGGAGGUCAUGGAGCACAGGCUUGUCCUGGACACCGUGAACGAGGUGAGCCGAGCGCUCCUGGAACUGGUUCCUUGGCGAGCCCGCGAAGGACUGGACAAGCUCGUGUCGGACACCAACGAGCGCUACAAGCUGGUCAGCGACACCAUCAAGCAGAGAGUGGAAGAAAUAGAUGCUGCUAUUCAGAGGUCUCAACAGUACGAGCAGGCUGCCGAUGCAGAGCUAGCCUGGGUUGCUGAGACCAAACGGAAGUUGAUGGCUCUAGGCCCGAUUCGUCUGGAGCAAGACCAAACGACAGCUCAGUUGCAGGUGCAGAAGGCUUUUUCCAUCGAUAUUAUUCGGCACAAAGACUCUAUGGAUGAACUGUUUAGCCAGCGCAAUGAGAUCUUUGGGACGUGUGGGGAAGAGCAGAAAGCUGUUCUCCAGGAGAAAACGGAGUCCCUUGUACAGCAGUACGAAGCCGUUAGCCAGCUCAACUCAGAGCGCUACGCUCGCUUGGAGCGUGCCCAGGUCUUGGUGAACCAGUUCUGGGAGACUUACGAAGAGCUGAAUCCUUGGAUUGAAGAGACACAAGCCCUUAUUUCGCAGUUGCCCCCUCCGGCGAUCGAUCCUGAGCAGCUCAAGCAGCAGCAGGAGGACAUGAGGCAACUGAGAGAGUCUAUCGCUGAGCACAAGCCUCAUAUUGACAAGCUGCUGAAAAUCGGACCGCAGCUCAGGGACCUCAACCCCGAGGAAGGGGAGAUGGUGCAGAGAAAGUACGCGACGGCGGAGGCCACGUAUGCCAAAAUCAAAGAGGAGGUGUGCCGGCGGGCGCUCGCCCUCGACGAGGCCGUCUCGCAGUCCGCUCAGAUCACGGAGUUCCACGAUAAGAUCGAGCCGAUGCUGGAGACGCUGGAGACUCUUUCCUCCCGGCUGCACAUGCCGCCCCUCAUCCCUGCGGAGGUCGAUAAGAUCCGAGAGUGCAUCAGUGAGAACAAAAAUGCCACCAUGGAGCUGGAGAAACUGCAGCCCUCCUUUGAGGCUCUGAAACGUCGCGGAGAAGAGCUGAUCGGGAGAUCGCAGGGAGCAGACAAGGACCUGGCAGCAAAAGUAAUCCAGGAUAAAUUAGAUCAAAUGGUCUUCUUCUGGGAAGACAUCAAAGCUCGGGCUGAGGAACGUGAAAUGAAAUUCCUCGAUGUCCUGGAGCUUGCAGAGAAGUUCUGGUACGACAUGGCAGCCCUCCUGACUACCAUCAAAGACACGCAAGACAUUGUGCACGACCUGGAGAGCCCAGGCAUUGAUCCAUCCAUCAUCAAGCAGCAGGUGGAAGCGGCAGAGACUAUUAAAGAGGAAACGGAUGGCUUGCAUGAAGAGCUGGAGUUCAUUCGACUCCUUGGAACUGAUUUAAUUUUUGCCUGUGGUGAAACUGAGAAACCAGAAGUGAAAAAGAGCAUUGAUGAGAUGAACAACGCAUGGGAAAAUCUAAACAAAACUUGGAAGGAGCGACUUGAAAAGCUCGAGGAAGCCAUGCAGUCAGCUGUGCAAUACCAGGACACACUUCAAGCAAUGUUUGACUGGCUGGACAAUGCUGUGAUUAAACUCUGCAACAUGUCCCCUGUCGGCACUGACCUCAACACGGUUAAGGAGCAAAUGAACGAGAUGAAGGAGUUUAAAAUGGAGGUUUACCAGCAGCAGAUCGAGAUGGAAAAGCUUAAUCAUCAAGGUGAACUGAUGCUAAAAAAAGCUACAGAUGAGACAGACAGAGACAUCAUAAAAGAGCCACUGACAGAGCUGAAACAUCUCUGGGAGAAUUUAGGCGAGAAAAUUGCUCACAGACAGCAUAAGCUAGAAGCCGCUCUUCUAGCACUUGGCCAGUUCCAACACGCGCUAGCAGAGCUGAUGGCCUGGCUGACCCACACCGAGGAGUUGCUAGAUGCGCAAAAACCGAUCAAUGGAGAUCCAAAAGUCAUCGAGGUUGAACUUGCAAAGCACCAUGUGCUGAAGAAUGAUGUCUUGGCCCACCAAGCAACUGUGGAGACAGUGAACAAAGCAGGCAACGAACUCCUGGAGUCAAGUGCAGGAGAUGACGCAAGCAGCCUGCGAAACCGCCUGGAGAAACUGAACUCGUGCUGGGAGUCAGUGCUGCAGAAGACGGAGGAGAGGGAGCAGCAGCUGCAGUCGACACUCCAGCAGGCCCAGGGUUUCCAUGGUGAGAUUGAGGACUUCCUCCUGUGGCUAACAAGGAUGGAGAGCCAACUCUCUGCAUCAAAACCCACAGGAGGUCUGCCAGAAACUGCCCGGGAACAACUCAAUGCCCACAUGGAGCUGUACAGCCAGCUCAAAGCCAAGGAGGACAUGUACAGCCAGCUGCUGGCCAAGGGGCGACUCAUGCUGCUGAACCGCGACGACUCGGGCUCUGGCUCGAAGACGGAGCAGAGCGUAGCACUGCUGGAGCAGAAAUGGUGCCUGGUCAGCACCAAGAUGGAGGAGAGAAAGUCGAAGCUGGAGGAAGCGCUUGCCCUGGCCACAGACUUCCAGAAUUCCCUCCAGGACUUCAUCAACUGGCUCACACUGGCAGAGCAGAGCCUGAACAUCGCACCCCCGCCCAGCCUCAUCCUGAACGCCGUGCUGGCCCAGAUUGACGAGCACAAGGUGUUCGCCAAUGAAGUGAAUGCUCAUCGGGAUCGGAUCAUUGAGCUGGAUCAAACUGGGAACCAGCUGAAAUUCCUCAGUCAAAAGCAGGAUGUGGUUCUGAUAAAGAACCUGCUGGUGAGCGUCCAGUCGCGCUGGGAGAAGGUUGUGCAGCGCUCUGUUGAGAGGGGCCGAGCUCUUGAUGAUGCCAGAAAGCGAGCCAAGCAGUUCCAUGAAGCUUGGAAAAAACUGAUUGAUUGGCUGGAAGAUGCAGAGAAUCACCUGGACUCUGAGCUGGAGAUCUCCAAUGAUCCUGACAAAAUCAAGCUCCAGCUCUCCAAACACAAGGAGUUUCAGAAGACACUAGGUGGAAAGCAGCCUGUGUAUGACACCACAAUCAGGACUGGUAGAGCUCUCAAAGAAAAGGCCUUACUUCCAGAUGACACUCAAAAACUGGACAAUUUGCUAGGAGAAGUCCGGGAUAAAUGGGACACUGUGUGUGGCAAGUCUGUAGAAAGGCAACACAAGCUGGAAGAAGCCCUCUUGUUCUCUGGUCAAUUCAUGGAUGCGCUACAAGCCUUGGUGGACUGGCUCUACAAGGUAGAACCACAAUUAGCUGAAGACCAACCUGUCCAUGGUGACCUGGAUCUGGUAAUGAACCUGAUGGAUGCUCAUAAGGUCUUCCAGAAGGAGCUGGGGAAGCGCACAGGGACAGUUCAGGUGCUUAAGCGCUCUGGCCGGGAGCUAAUCGAGAACAGCCGAGAUGACACAACCUGGGUGAAGGUGCAGCUGCAGGAGCUGAGCAACCGGUGGGACACAGUGUGCAAACUGUCCGUGUCAAAACAAACCCGCCUGGAACAAGCCUUGAAGCAGGCAGAGGAGUUCAGGACGGCUGUGCACAUGCUGCUGGAGUGGCUCUCGGAAGCUGAGCAGACCCUGCGCUUCCGGGGCGCGCUUCCCGACGACGCCGAGGCGUUGCAGUCUCUCAUCGACGUUCACAAGGAGUUCAUGAAGAAAGUGGAGGAGAAGAGAGUGGACGUGAACACGGCGGUGGGAAUGGGAGAGGUCAUCCUGGCCGCCUGCCAUCCUGACUGCAUUACCACCAUUAAACACUGGAUCACCAUCAUCCGAGCCAGGUUUGAGGAGGUUCUCACAUGGACAAAGCAGCACCAGCAGAGACUUGAGUCUGCGCUCUCAGAGUUGGUGGCAAAUGCAGAACUUCUGGAAGAGCUUCUGGCCUGGAUCCAGUGGGCUGAGACGACACUGAUUCAGCAGGAUCAGGAGCCAAUACCACAAAACAUCGAUCAGGUCAAAGCCCUCAUUGCUGAGCACCAGUCCUUUAUGGAGGAGAUGACACGAAAGCAGCCGGAUGUGGACCGGGUCACAAAGACGUACAAGAGGAAAGCUACUGAACCCGCGCACGGGCCGUUCAUCGAGAAGUCCCGCGGCAACAGAAAAUCUUUGAGCCAGGCAGCCCCCCCCACCAUGCCCAUUAUCUCCCAGUCGGAAACGAAGAACCCCCGGAUCAACCAGCUCUCGGCGCGCUGGCAGCAGGUCUGGCUGCUGGCCCUGGAGCGGCAGCGGAAGCUCAACGACGCCCUGGACCGGCUCGAGGAGCUGAAGGAGUUUGCAAACUUUGACUUUGAUGUCUGGCGGAAAAAGUAUAUGCGCUGGAUGAACCACAAGAAAUCCCGCGUCAUGGACUUCUUUCGGCGCAUCGACAAAGACCAAGAUGGAAAGAUCACCCGGCAGGAGUUUAUUGAUGGCAUCCUGGCCUCUAAGUUCCCCACCACAAAGCUGGAGAUGACCGCGGUGGCUGACAUCUUUGACCGCGACGGGGACGGCUACAUAGAUUACUACGAGUUUGUGGCCGCUCUCCAUCCUAACAAGGACGCGUACCGCCCCACCACUGACGCAGACAAGAUCGAAGAUGAGGUCACGAGACAAGUGGCCCAGUGCAAAUGUGCCAAGAGAUUUCAAGUGGAGCAGAUCGGCGAGAACAAAUACCGGUUCUUCCUCGGCAACCAGUUUGGUGACUCCCAGCAGUUGCGGCUGGUCCGUAUUCUGCGUAGCACUGUCAUGGUUCGAGUUGGUGGAGGAUGGAUGGCCCUGGAUGAAUUUUUAGUGAAAAAUGAUCCUUGCAGAGUUCACCACCCUGGAGGUAAAAUAAAGCGCUCUGACUCCAGCUCAUCGAUUGCCAGUCAGUCUCCGAUAGCACGAGGACGGACCAACCUUGAACUUCGAGAGAAAUUUAUCUUGCCAGAGGGGGCAUCGCAGGGAAUGACGCCGUUCCGGUCACGAGGCCGAAGAUCAAAACCGUCUUCCCGGGCAGCCUCCCCAACUCGAUCCAGUUCUAGUGCCAGCCAGAGCAACCACAGCUGUGCGUCCAUGCCCUCCUCUCCAGCCACGCCAGCCAGCGGAGCCAAGACUCCACAUCACUUCUCUCGAUGUUAUGACAAACCCUGGUUGAUAAACAGUAAAGCGGGCACCCCCCUGAGGGGAUACGAUUAUUCCGACUUCCAGCUCUCGAGCACCGAGGUCACUCCGGCGGCGGGCAGCAAGCUGAAGCGACCCACCUUCCACUCCAGCCGGACCUCUCUUGCUGGGGACACCAGCAACAGCUCCUCUCCGGUCUCCGCAGGUGCCAAAACCAGCCGAGCAGAUCCCAAGAAAGCCGCCAGUCGUCCCACCAGCCGCGCCGGGAGCCGGGCGGGAAGCCGGGCGAGCAGCCGGCGGGGGAGCGACGCCUCCGACUUCGACCUGCUGGAAACGCAGUCGGCGUGCUCGGACACUUCGGAAAGCAGCGUGGCCGGGGGGCAAGGCGGCUCGCGCCGCGGCGUGGCCAAGCCCUCCAAAAUCCCAACCAUGUCCAAGAAAACGACCACUGCCACCCCAAAAACUCCCGGCCCCAAAAGAUAAUACUGUACCCGAGCCUUCCCGAGAGAAAGAAAGACAAAAAAAGAAAAACAGAAAGAAAGAAACCUGUGUCCAAUUUUUAACCCUGCUACGUACAUUGGAUGUAUAUUUAUUCUAAACAGGAGAAAUUAUAUUGUUAAAAGUGUAAAAGAAUAAUUGUGUUAUGAAGCUGCCUUAUUUGUUUUUUUUUUCCUUUUUUGUAAGUUACUAUUUUCAUGUGAAUAUUUAUGUAGAUAAAAAUUGCCUCUCGACGACCCCUGUUCAAAGAGGGGCCUGGAAAACUGAAAUGUGUGAGAGAAGAGAAAAAAAAAAAAAAAAAAAGGAAGCAAAAAAGGUCAAGAUGUGAAAGUGUAAAGAAAAACUAAAAUAUAAAUAGGAUUUCUGCGCGGUGCAGGGUGUGAACCUGCUUUAUCUUUUAGGAUUGUUUCCUAAAUGCAUCUUUAUAAACUUAACUUGCUGUCUCAGCAAGGUAAAUUAUAUUUAAAAGCAAAGACCUGAAUCCUACAGUGUUUAAGGAACUCUCUUUUUGUAAAUCACAGAUACCUCAAAUAGAGAAACAUGAGGUGAGGGGACUUGGGGCUUACGUUUCCAUUUUUUUUUUUUUUUUAAGUUACGUGAUUUUACUUGAGAAAGCGGAGAUUGAAUUAAUUGAAUUUGCACACACUACAGCUAAGUUCAUUACAACUGCUGUCUUUAAAAUACUGUCCCAGCAACUUUGUUCUUUAAAAACGAAGAGUAGCGGUGGGUUUGGGGAGAGGGUUCACGCCGAAGCUCUCCGGAGGAGACCACACUCGUACGAUUGCAGGUUCGGAUCGCUGCAACGCAGCCUUUGGCGGUGGCGGGAUGAGAAGGGGGUUCUCACUGCCCGGCCUCCACGUUAGAGGAUUCUUCUGGAUUGACAGCCUACGAGACUGACUCGAGUUGUUAAUACGGAAUUGCUAUUUAUCUGCAUCUCUUUUUUCCUAUUUAUUAUUUAACUGGUCAUUCCACUUCAAACCAGGCUGAGAUUGAUGUGACCUCUGCUCCUAGAAGAAAUCUGGACUUACACGCACAGUCGCUUGUCCUUGAAAUGAGUCUCACCAGCACACUUGCUACAAGUCCUGUCUCGCUUUUGUACGCUACUUUUUCUUUGUAAUAAAAUCAAACUGACCAAGUGACCAGGAGAUGGGCGGGGGAGAGGGCUCUCUGGAGCCCCUGUAUUUAUUAAAUAUUGUUCCUCUUCGGCUCUGACCAUGUUGCUGUGUGAUUCUCUCAAUUGGUUUAAAUUGAGGCAAAACUGAAGCUCUACCAAUGAAUUGUUUAAAAAACAGACACAUUUUUGUAUUAAAAUUGCUUGCGGUAAUAAACGAUCUUGCCUCCUACUUUA